ACUAUUGUAAAUAUAUAUGCAUAUGUAUAUAUAUGCAUAUACACAUGUAUACAUUGGUAGAUAGAUACAUAAUUAAACAUAUACAUUCAUUUGUAUUUAAACCAUACUAAUUUGAUGUUUUUCUGUCUUUUAUGCCUCAAACUGGAUCAUAUAUGCUGUCCUUUUUCCAGUGGACUGGCAUGACUGAGUGUCUCAGCAGCCUCCAGACAGUCAGGACAAAAACCCGAUGCCACUCAGAGCGAGGCGUUCCGUCAUCCAGACGAAAACAAACCAAAGAUAACUCAUGACAUCAGGUCACACGAACUUCAGUUCCUGGAUGGCGGUCCUGAGUCAAUCCCACUUCCAAGCCGGAUUUCUAAAAGGGGGUACUGGCUGACAAAAAAAAAAAAAAGGGACGGCAACACCGGAAUGAGGAAAUUGACGAGAGCAAAGCAUGUGCAAAACAAAGUUGUCCAUUGCUGAUAACCACAGAACCUGACGGACCGCAGGUCAGUCCACUCACAAGUCUCUCAGGAGGAGAUCAGAUCGCUCGUCCGUCUGCCGCGCGCACAGAGAGGACAAUAAAAGCCCUCCCUCAUCCCCCCUCCAGCGUUCUACGAUGUCUUUUCUGCUCCUCACAGUGAUGUCCUCCCUCGUGGUGUGGGAUGCUGAGGCGUGGAGCGCCAUCGGGAGGUACGCGGUCAGCUGCCCGGACAGAUGCGGCGCGGAGCGGUGCGGCGCGCAGCGGUGCGCGCGCACCGUGCUGGACGACUGCGGCUGCUGCCCGGUGUGCGCCGCGGCCAGAGGGGAGCACUGCUACCGCACCGUGUCGGGGAUGCACGGGGUGAAGUGCGGCCCGGGAUUAUUCUGCGAGUUCUACAAGGAUGAGGACGACUACGGAGACGAAUACGGGAUCUGCAAAGACUGCCCGUAUGGAACCUAUGGAGUGGAGUGCCGUAAGACCUGCAGCUGUAAAGGGGGCAUAUGUGACAGGGAGAAUGGAGCUUGUCUCACCCUCACAUUCUUUGCCAAAAUCGCCAGCAAGCUCAGGACUGAGCCACAGACAGGAGGUGAACUGGGAUCUGGAGAAGUCCGCUCUGGCCAGAGCGCAGAGCAGCUCACAGGCAGGUCAUCCGCUCCAAAGCGGCUCAACCCCCGCUGACAAGUGCUGACCAGACUGAGCUGUUCAGUGGAAAUGUAGCGUUAACUUAUAAAUUAACCUAAAAUUGUAUAUUUUAUUAUCUAAAAGCAUUUCUUCCCUGCAGUUAGGCAUUUUAUUUGAUUUUUUUAGAUCCUUAAUUGGCUCUAACAUAUUUCUUAUGAAUUUGUACCUUAAAUUAUGUUAUAAUGUUUAGAUGUUCUAGCUCUUUUUUUCUGAUCCUUUUUCUACUCAGUUCAUUUUUGUGUUGUUGCUUUUUUAGUGUGCCUUCAUGUUUAUUAAUGCUGCUGAAAACUGACAAAAGACUAAAGGAUAAAGUAUUCUGAACUAUUCUACAAGUCUGCAGCAUUUUUAUCUAUUGGCAUUAUAAAAUUCCAAACAAUAUUUUUUUUGAAUGGCACAGACAAACUCAUGACUUGUAGAAUGCAGAUAACAUAUUCUAAAAAAACAUGUAUAUUGCUGCAAUAAAACCAGUUAUUACUGAUUUAGUGUUUUUUGUUUGAUUGUCCAGUUUAUACAAUAUCUUAUUAAGCUUCAUCUGGAAUAGUUUAAUAUAACAUCCCUGUUUAUCAUGCAGUAUUGAAGCCGCCAUACAUGCAUUUGCAAGUGUGUUUAUUGCAUUUUAAACACUGUAAACUCUAACAAUAAAAUAUAAUUAAUUAAA